GCCUUCUAUCCAAAAUCUAUAUUAAAAAAAAAUAAAAUAAAAAGCUCUUCGAUUCUUCUCCGAAUUCCUUCUCUUUGAUCGAUGGCGGCUCGAUUCGCGGUGAUCCUCCUCUCCCUCCUCACGAUCGGAGCUGCAAACGCUGUCAUCUCCUCCGAAUCCCACAAUCCCUCCGCCCCCAAGGCGAUCGCGGAUUUGAGGGAGGCGAUCGUCAAAGGGCUGGGGAUCCAGGGGGAGGGGCUCGAGGUGUCGGGGUUGGACGUGAGGGACGCGCUGGUGGGGCAUUCGGUGGCCUACGAGUUUGACAUCGAGGUGGACAAGGAGGUGGUUCCGGUCAAGCUUCUUGAGGACGUUAGCCGGUGGGACUUCGUGGAUCUGCCAAUUUUUAUGACGGAGGAGAAGGGAUUGGCGGAGAGGGGGAGGAGGCCCGAUUCGAGGGUUCUGCCUGAGCUAUCACCAUUUCAGCUGGCGGGGCCGAUGGAGCUCUGGAUCCAGGACGGGGAUGACAUGAGGCUUUCGUUGCCGCAUGAUGUAGAAGCUGGUAAGCUGAAGAAAGUUCUCCUAUCAGAUGGUGCUGUGGUGACAGUCAAGGGUGCAAGAUCGGUCAGCCUCAGGCAGCCACUUGACCUCCCGCUCCCCCUCAAUCGCACACACCCCAACAAUCGUCCUAUGGCAUCAGGCCUCCUAACCAUUGCAGAGGCCCUCCGCAAUUCUGCACGUUCAAAUGAGAAGCCACUCCUGUCGCUCCACAUUGUUGGUCCCACUUCCCUCACCUCUUCUCCAUCCAUGUCCCCCAAUGACAAGCUAAAGCUGAGGCGCCUUGCCCCUGGCCUUGUUGAGCUCUCAUCUCGCUCUGUCCCAGCUGUCUCUGAAGAUGUACAAGCAUCACAGAACCCUACUUUGUGGCCUCUGACUUCAUUGAAUGGAUCUGAUUUGAAUCUUAGGGGUUUUGAAGAGCUAUUGGCAUCAGUGUUGGGAAAGAAGGGACAGGAGGAAGGAUCAUUCAGGUUGGUGAGGGCAGAGGUAGCAGCACGAACUUAUGUGAAGAUGGGGUUCACCGUGGAGAGGAGUCUUUUGGAUCUAGAAGUGGACUGGUCAGGGUUCCCAGAGUGGAAGACAAGGCCGGAAAAGGCAAUGGCUCACUUUGAGGUGCUGGCUCGGGUUGAAGACAAUGGUAUAGUGAUCCCUGAGAAGAUUGCUGCAGUCCAGCCAUUCCAUAUGGAGGACAGUGUGCUAGCUAGUGUUCAGACUGGGAAUGUGUCCAUGUCCCAGGUUUCAGCAGCUUACCCUCCACCAGAAUACUUCACACUGUAAUCCUGUUCUUCAUAUUAUUCUAGUCUUGCUGAAGAACAACAAAUGUAAAGAUCUAUAGCAAGCAAUCAAAAUUUUCUCGACUUUGCAUUGCUAAGUGACACAUUUUGUUGAAUCAUAAUUUUGUCAAAUAAUGUACGUAGAGUUUAGAGUGAUGAAUGUCAUACUAUAAAUGAUAUAAAAACAUGACAUCAUGAUUUCUAGUA